GCACUCAUCAACCAGCUUUCACUUGAUCCUUUGCUUCUUCCAAUCCAUUCCUUCAUCACUGUACUGGAUACAGUAACUUCUUUCUUUUAAAUACGUUAUUAUUACUUUAGUCUUCAUUCAAUUCAAAAAUGCUCGUCAAUAUCUUUCUCGUUGCUCUCGUAGCAUCUCCCCUCGUUGCCGCCCACGGCAAAGUUUCCGUCGUUACUGGCGAUGCUGGUGGAAACACAACCGCACUUGGCAUUAAAGGCGCCGUUGUCCCCGGCACAGGUUCCAACUCCAAAACGGAAGUCGACACCACAGUCUUUAACUCGGUGAAAGCCGCUACAAAUGGCUUAGGCAAAACGACUGGCGGUGGAAAGAAUACUCUGGCUGGAAUGUCUGCUGUUGUUGCCCAGUCUGGAUCGACCCUCCCUCAAGUCAGCAGCAACGGUGGAACUCUUUCUGGAACGCUUCACGUAGUCACCACAGAUGGAGCUGGGCCCUUUACUGCAAUCGUCGAUCCAACUGGUACCGGUAAAUUUGCCACAGGCACACAAGCAGAUGUCACCACUCAGGUCCCAGGAAAGAACGGAAACAUCUUGCCUAGUGGGAAGGUUCCUCGCUCUGUGUCGAGGCUGUUUGCUAGAAUGGGACUGCAUAAGCGUGCUGCGAAUGUGAACAAGGACUUUCCAUUCCAGGUCGCAAUCCCGGCUGGAACCACAUGCACCGGUACCGCUGGCGGGCAGACAGGUGUGUGUCUCGUCAAGUUCGCCAAUUCCAAUCCUGCGGGACCCUUCGGCGGUGUUUUUGCGAUGCAAAUCGCUGGCGGCAAUACAACAACCGCGUAGAUUUUCCAUCGUCGAUCUUUACAGUUCGCUCAGGCUUCGCAGUGGAAGCUUAGCAAAAGCUGGUUGAGCAUGACUAUCCCACCCUUGUAUUUAUCUCCCUUUUCAACAAUUGAAAUUGAAUUAUGAUGUUCACUUUUGGGUUGUGCUCAAGUCCAUAAAUUGUAAAGCGGGGUGAUGAAUUGUAUUUCAUGCCAGGGAUGUGGGCUACCAAAGUUAAUGUGGAGAAAGAAAGUCACACAGCAGAACCAAGAAAAUUAUGGAGCGAGAGUGUGGAGGGUUUCGGUCACUGGACCGCGAGCCACAAACCCCGAAUCACUCCUGCUUCU